ACUAUAAAGCCUAUUGUGGGUAUUCAACAUACAUCUUGGACUGUACAGCCUGCGCUAGAGAUUGUGCACUCAUGUCAUGGGGUAUCAGCAUUCCAGUGCCAGUCAGAGAACACAACUAUGUAGAGUUUACAGAAUUAUUGUCUAGCUCUUAUUUUGCAUCUCUGCCCAGUUUGCCUACCUUCAAUGAAUGGGGCUCUGUUGUUUCUUCGCCCCCAAAGCAUUUCAAAGAUCACAACCAUUUGAGACUGAAAAUCCCGAUAUGGAUUGACCAUCUAUGGUUUGCAUGCCCUGCUGAAGGACUAUUAUGUCGACUAGGUGGUUGGAGUUCAUUAGUCCCCAGUGCAGUGUUGAGUAUACUGGUAGCUAGACCAUAGACUGACUGCUGGUUAUGUAUCUGGUUAUAUAUAUUUGAAAAGUUGUAUUCAAAAAUACCUUGCUUGAUAAACUAGUAGGCAAAUUUCCCAGCCAAGCAUUUACAGCUAGUAGAGUCAUUUUGUUUGUGAAGUGCAUUAGCAAAAAUAUUAGUCCUUUCUUUAUAACAAAAUGCAAUUUACCACUUGGCUGUCUAUUAUAUCACAGGCUCUCCCCAUUAACCCCACCUCAUAAGAUUGCCUGCUGAAAAACACGUAUUUUGUUGAUGUAGAAUAGACAUGAGAUUUGAAAUGAGUAUUUGGUUUAAUUUUGCAUAAGGAUGUAACUCAGUUGUCCUGAUACGAGCAUCCUAUUCUUGUUUAGAGACAAAGAAUAUUACUCAGACUCAGAAGUGACUUAUUAUGAGUAGCAUGAUGAUUAACAGUCAUUUGUUGUAAUCUUGUCUUAUCAUAUUUUGUAAACUUUUAUGUUUGAAUGUGGACUUGAAACCACAAACCUGGUGCGACCUACUGAAACUAGAAUCUAACAUGUUUUUUUUUCAACAAGAAUCAACCUCAGUGAGCUCAUUCACACUGAACUCCUUGACUGUAAUGCCAAAUAUCAGGGUUAAUGUGUAACUUAGUCUCUAGACUGAAUCAGCCUCCAGAGGGAGCCUCUUGACCGUUCAUUCUAGAAUAUGAGUAUAGUAUGUGAUGUCUGGGAUGCCAGACUACAAUAUGAAUGUUAGUUGUGUUCUCGUGUGUGUCACUGAAAUGCUGAUACCAUGUCAUGGGUGCACAAUUUCUGGCUUAGGCUGUACAGUCCAAGAUGUAUGUUGAAUACGCAUAGCAGGCUUCAUAGUGAGCUGAUUUCCCACAGUCAAAGGCUUGCGCUAAGAGCUAAGAAGAUCAUAUUUGUGUAAACUCUACACAGUUGUGUUCUGUGUGUGUCACUAAGUAGGUUGAUACCCCAUUUCAUGGGUGCACGAUCCAUAGGUUAGGCUGUACGUUGCAAUAUGAAUGUUCAUUACUCAAGGGUAGUUCAUGGAGCCAACUUCUUAGCCCUUUGACCUCCUCCUCCUCGCUCUUACUUAUAAAGUACCUACAUUACAGUGGCACCAUGCAAAAUAGUGUUUUGAAGAUCUGUUUAGUCAUGAUUGGGGCGGCAGGGAGCCUAGUGGUUAGAGAGUUGGGCCAGUAACUGAAAGGUUGCUAGAUCAAAUCCCUGAGCAGACAAGGUAAAAAUCUGUUGUUUUGCCCCUUAACAAGGCAGUUAAAUAAAGGUUAAAUAUAUAAAAAAUGACUGCUCAUACCUUCACUCUUCAGACUCCUCCAGAGCCUCUAAACCAUAUAUUUGUAAGUUAAGUUAUGCAAAAGUGAACUUAAUAUACAAGUUGGUGUUUAUUAUGGUCUAUGCAUAGUAAAUAAAGGUAUUCUAACUUUAAAACCCACCAGACUGCUUGAACCUUAGUUUCUUCAAACCAUUUCACACUUUUGUUGGAUUCGAUUUAACCUGUUGUUGUUUUCUAUGAUUCCCCAUUUCAGCUCAACAUUGGAAGCUCCAGACACAUUAAUUGCUCAAGGACAUCCAAAGUCCAUUGAUGGUUAAACAUUAAUCAUUGUAAUAAAAUGCUCUAUGGAGAAAAGGAAAGAGUUUAACUGAUCUUCAACAGACUCUCCAUUUUAAACUUUCUGUGGCAGCGUUCAGGUAACAAUUUCUAUCCAUUCAUUUAUAAACGCAUAUGAUGAGUUUCAUUCCAUAACGCUAUAUAUCCAUUUUCAGAAAUGUUGGUAAAUUCACUUUUAUUGUUUCAAAAAAUUAUGAAAGAGAUUGGUGUGGUGUGUUUUUUUCACUAUCUAAUCAUGGCAUAGGGUUGUUCAAUGACUGACAUGUUUUUCUUUAAAAUCUAUCACUUAAUGGUUUCAUUCCAGAGAGACAAAACAUCAUGUUAUAAAAAUGCUAUACAGUAUCCGUCAAAAGAUUGGACCCACCUAAUUAUUCAAGGAAGUGUGCAAAGCUGUCAAGGGUGGCUACUUUGAAGAACCUCAAAUUUAAAAUAUAUUUAAUUUGUUUAACACUUUUUUGGUUACUGCAUGAUUCCACAUGUGUUUUUUCAUGGUUUUGAUGUCUUCACUGUUAUUCUACAAUGUAAAAAAUAGUAAAAAUCAAUAAAAAACCCUGGAUUCAGCAGGUGUGUCCAAACUUUUGGCUGGUACUGUAUGUCCGCCUCACUCUGCUAGGUUUUACAGUCAAUUUGAACAAAUAACAAAACAUUUUAUAUGAACUGUACAAAUUAUACAUUUGUGACAUUAUUUAAAUAAAAGUAUUCAAUACAGUAAUAUGAUAUCUGUACGGUAUGUAAACCAUUUACAUAUAACAUUUACAUUUAACAUUUUAUCCAGAGCAACAGUAGGUGCAUUCCUCUCAAAAUAAAAAGAUGAGAACCUCAUUUCACAGUCAUAUAUAUAUAUAUAUAUAUAUAUUUGAUACAAUCAUUCCAAUCCAGCUAAACAAUGGAUAUACAGAAUUCUGAUUUUUUUUAAAUGACACAUACACACACAUACACAUCUAACAUCUAUCAAUAAAAAUCUAAGAACAGUAAUAUUUUACACACACUUAAAGGUACGCAUAAGAUAUCAUUUCUGAUGAAAAAACACCACUUAGAAAAAUGUGUAGAUAUAGAAAUAAUAUAUUUAGAUAUGCUAGUCUUGUCAUCUGUUGCAACAGGACUUUUUAGACCAACUAUAUUCAACCAUUUUUGUAUUCACCACAUCCUUGUUUUGGUCUGUAAUAAAUUUCUUCUUCUUUGGUGAGGAUUAACGCCGGUUGGCUUCCAAUAUAUGUUGCAUUGCCACCACCAACUAGACUGGAGUAUACAGUAUAUAUUCAUUAUACUCUGUGAUACAAAAUGGAAACAGGAAAAAAACUAUCAUUUCAACUCACCCUACACUCAUUAAAAACCCACAAUCCUAUUCCCCUAUAUAAUCCUACACCAGGCCUACCGCCUGGGAGGACGGAACACUACCACUCAUCACCCGCUGCAACACUUCUGCAGUAAAACCUCGCAAUCCCAAGUACUUCUCUGCAGCUGCCACCACAACCUCUACCUUCUUUAACUAGCGUUCCAUUUCUGCAGUAGAGUUGAUAACCAUGGCUAUGGAUGCUAAGACUCGCACCUCACUGAAGAACAUAUUAUUCCUAUCACUCUCCAUUGGCCUACUCACCGGAAUCCUCUCAGUAUCCCUCGCCCUGUACCCAUCUUCCUCUACCACUGCCUCAGCAUGACACCUUCUGUACUACUCUGACCCUGGCAACCUGCCAUUCUCUCACCAGACACAUCCAACUGCCAGCAUACCUAUAACAACGUAAUGGGUUCGGGACAAAAGCUCUCACGGGAAAACUGACACAUCCUAACUUAACUUUGUCGGGUAAAAACUCAUCAGGACAGACAGUCUUCCCUGUCACCAUGCUCUCCACCAGGUCUGCUUCGCACCAAACGUUGGGCAACACAUACACCAGGAAUCUUACAUUUCAAUUGCUCCUCAACACUUAAUGCCACCCAGUUAUAAUUCCUUUCAAUGGCACCCUGCUCCGGAGUUCUUGUCCCUAGGCGCUUGGUUCGGAGUGCCCACUCCCUCUGGACAAAAAGACCAUCACGAGUCUACCUCAAGUUACUUUCAUUGACUCAGAAGUCCCCUACCUCUUUUCCACCCAACCUGACACCACACAUGGAUCCGCCAGAAGGCAAGGAUCCAUUCUCUCCAAAGAUCUCAUUCCAACUCAUCCUCAUCAUCAUUGGGACGAGGCUCAACCUCGACCAUCUUCACCACACCUGCCACCGCAGGUAAUUCAUCGUCAGUCUUGACAGAUUUAUUUUCGUCCUCCACCCAAGUGUUGUGAUUCAUCCAACGUCCUCAUUUUGACUUCGGCAUAUUUCCUUCUUCCUCAGUUCCCUUUCUGUCGUCAGAAUAAAUUGCUUUUUUUUGUGAGAAAUCAAAUGUAUAUGAAUUGCUGUGUUUUCACACAUGGAUGUCAAUGCACAAUUCAUUUUAAAUAUCCUCCCCGAAAAUGUGUGAUACCAAGUAAGUUCAUGGUAUCAUGUGAUUUUUAAAAAUCUUAAUAUUUGUUUUUGUAGAUUAAUGAACUGUGCGUUGAACGGGACCUGGAUUUAUGUUCCCUGUCAGGUGCAUCAUGGGACCUUUGAUUCAGCAAGUCUGUUUGUUAACAUUCCUCAUCCUCUUUAAUGGCUGUUCAUCUGUUGCAGAUAAGCAGCUUGUUGUCCCUCCUGACCCUGUAGUUACCUCUGCUGGUCAUGAUGUCAUCCUUCCUUGUCAUCUCUCUCCUCAAACCAGGGCUGUUAACAUGGAUAUCAGGUGGUUUAAGGAAGGAGAAUUCGCUAGCCCCCUGUACCUGUAUGAUGGUGGAAAGGUAACAGAGGUGGAAAGGCUAUGAGGGAAGAGUGAGUGUGUUCACUCAGGAGUUGGAGAAAGGCAAUAUAUCACUGCUGCUGAAUAAUGUCAUGGCUUCUGAAAGGGGAAUCUACAAAUGCCAUGCCAGCUACAUGGACUGGAUUCAGGAACUGCCUGUUGUACUACAGGUUAAACAGCAGGGCAGUGUCCCCAGGAUCUCCAUGAGGAAGCACCACAGAGUGUUCAUCCAGCUCAGCUGUAGCUCAGAGAACUGGUACCCAGAGCCUGACAUGUUGUGGACAGACAGCAGUGGGAAGGAGAUCACCUCAGCAGAGACAUAGAGACCCAAACAGAAGGAGGGGGGCGUCCUGUACUCUAUAACCAGUCACGUGAGAAUAGGGAUGGACCAACUGGAGGGGGUCACAUGUGUGGUGAUUUCACAGUACCAGGGAACCAAGAUGGAGUCUAAACUGCAGAUGACUGACAAUAUGAAUACAAAAUUAAAAGCUAUGGAUCAAGGUAUGCAAUAUUUAUCUUCAAUAUAUACAGCAUUUCCUUAAAAUGAAUCAUUUAAAACUGUUUUAAUUCAAACCAAAAUAACAACUUUCCUCUACUGCAUAUUACAGAGCUCAUCAAAAAAGACAGAGGAACUCACUUAUAAGGAUAAGUUAAUGGGAAUUACUGAAACAAUCCCAGACUCUGUUUGGAGCUUGAUGGUUGAUCAUGCAGUGGAUGUGACAUUCGACGCUGACACUGCACAUGUCAAACUCUCUUUAUCUGAUGAUAACAAAUGUCUCAAAUUUGGAGAAUUAAAAGAAAAAAAGGAUUGUGAGAAUUUCAAAGAAAAAUGCAAAGGAAGCGGCAGUAUGAAGUUUGAAGAAGAACACAAAGAAGAAGACACAGAGCGUUUUGGAGGAAAACCUACAGAAAAUAGUAUGUUAAAUGUUUCAGGAAAAGACAAAGACAAGAAAACUGGAUUAUUUAACAGGAUGAUGAAAAAAGGACAAAACAACGAAGGUACUCUGAACGUUGAGGAAGUACACAAAGACGAGGCCACUGAGAAUUUAGAAGAAAAAUGCAAAGGCACUAAAAACAAGUUUAAAUAUAAUCAAUGUGUCUUGGGAAAGGAAGGAUAUGACAAAGGUACACAUUACUGGGAGGUUGACCUGGGGAAGAAGAGCCAGUGGAGUGUUGGCAUCGCUCAGGACACAGAGAAGAGAGACAACAUCCAAAUGUAUCCAGAUACUGGCUUCUGGAGCAUAUGUUACAAAGAUGGAGGACUGAAAACAGUUGAACUGUCUUCCACUUUCCUUCCCAUUGAACUGACACCUGAGAAGCUGGGAGUUUUCAUGGACUAUGAAGGGGGACAGAUAACAUUUUUCAACGUGGAGAAGAAAUGCCACAUACACUCCUUCUGUGGCAAGUUUACUAAGAAACUCUAUCCAUUCUUUGGUCCUUUGUUUGAUUGUAAAGAGGAACUCAAAAUCUCACCUGUGGUACAAAGAGACAAACCCUCAACCUCCAAGAACUGUUAGUGUAAAUAAUGGAAGAUGACAAAGUCAUUGAAAAACAAGAUGUUUAGAACUCUUAUUAUAGACGCUUAAUUUAAAGCUGAAAAUGUAAAUCCUAUAAUGUAGCUUUUACACAUGUUAGUUUUAAAGUGUAGAAUAUACACUCAGUGUACAAAUAUUAAGAACACCUUCCUAAUGUUGCCGUCGGAACAGCCUCAUUUCAUUCUACAAGGUGUCUAGAUGCUUCCCGCUGGAUGGCUUUUGGGUGGUGGACCAUUCUUGAUAAACACGGGAAACUGUUGAGCAUGAAAAACGCAGCAGCGCUGCAAAUUCUUGACUCAAACCGGUGCACUUGGCACCUAAUACCAUUCCCCAUUCAAAGGCACUUAAAUAUUUUGUCUUUCCCAUUCACCCUCGAACAACACACAUACACAAUCAAUUGUCUCAAGGCUAAAAAAUCCUUCUUUAACCUGUCUCCUCCCCUUCAUCUACACUGACUGAAGUGGAUUUAACAAGUGACAUCAAUAAGGGAUCAGGAAAGAGCAGUUGAUAAUGUUUUGUGCUCUCAGUGUUAAUCUAUUUAAAUAUAAAGUCUUGGUUGUUUUUAGUACUGUAUGACAAUAUAGAAUAAUUGACUCACUCACUGUAAUUAUGUGUUAAAAAAAAAGCUUUUCACUCACUGCACUCAAUGUGGUAAAAUCUUUAAAAAUGUAAAAACUUUUGUUGCAAUAAUAAAAGUUAUUUUAAAAUGUG